AUGGAAACGCAAUUUCAUGGCGGAGGAGAUGAUCCUUGGCUUGCUCCGGACAAAUUCUACCAUGUAAUAUUCUGUUUCUCCAUCUCUAUCUUCUUCUCUGCGCUCGCCUCUCUCUCUCGCUACUCCUUUCUACGACGUCACUCCAUCUGGAUCGGAUCCGCCUUCUCACUCGCGGCCGGUGCGGCUAAAGAAGCUGGCGAUCAGUUUGGCAUCUUCCCUUCCGCUGGUGCCUCCGCUAGAGACGCCGUCGCAGACGCUAUUGGAGUUGUGAUCGCUGCUUUGGUCCUCUUCCUUUGGAAAUCUCGCAGAUCGCGUUCGGAUUCGGGCCAAACCCGACCGAUCCUGCCCAUUUGA